AUGUCGAACCUCACAGUGAUUGUCAGCAACGUCAAUAAGACUCCUCUCCACCCCGGUGGUGUUGCUCCCCACCACGAGCACACUGAGCUCGAGGAGGAGCUCCACGAGACUGCCCACAUCGACUACGACCGCGUCGCUAUUAUUCCCAACCCCUCCGUUCCCGCUCUGUACGAAGAUGCGCUGGUGUACGAGACUGGUUCCGCCAUCACCUCAAGUGGAGCUCUCACUGCCUAUUCCGGAAAGAAGACUGGCCGCUCCCCUCUGGACAAGCGCAUUGUCGAGGAGGACAGCUCCAAGAACGACAUUUGGUGGGGUCCUGUGAACAAGCCCAUGUCACCCGAGGUCUGGAAGAUCAACCGUGAGCGUGCCAUCGACUACCUCAACACGAGGAAUCGCAUCUACGUCGUCGACGGUUACGCCGGUUGGGACGAGAAGUACCGCAUUCGUGUCCGCGUUAUCUGCGCCCGCGCCUACCAUGCUUUGUUCAUGAGGAACAUGCUCAUUCGCCCUCCUCGCGAGGAGCUGGAGCACUUCCACCCCGACUACACCAUCUACAAUGCCGGCUCUUUCCCCGCCAACCGAUACACCGAGGGUAUGACCUCCGGCACCUCGGUUGCCAUCAACUUCGCCGAGAAGGAGAUGGUCAUUCUCGGCACCGAAUACGCCGGUGAGAUGAAGAAGGGUGUCUUCACCGUCCUCUUCUACGAGAUGCCUAUCAAGCACAACGUCCUCACCCUUCACUCUUCUGCCAACGAGGGCAAGAACGGCGAUGUUACCCUCUUCUUCGGUCUUUCGGGUACCGGCAAGACUACCCUGUCCGCGGACCCCCAGCGUGCCCUCAUCGGUGACGACGAGCACUGCUGGUCCGACCGCGGUGUCUUCAACAUUGAGGGCGGAUGCUACGCCAAGACCAUCGGCCUGUCUGCCGAGAAGGAGCCUGAUAUCUUUGGCGCUAUCCGCUUCGGCUCCGUCCUCGAGAACGUCGUUUUCGACCCCGAGACUCGUGUCGUCGACUAUGAUGAUUGCACCCUCACCGAGAACACUCGAUGCGCCUACCCCAUUGAGUACAUCAACAACGCCAAGAUUCCCUGCAAGUCAGACUCACACCCCUCCAACAUCGUCCUCCUCACUUGCGACGCCCGUGGUGUCUUGCCCCCCAUCUCCAAGCUGGACAGUGCCCAGACCAUGUUCCACUUCAUCUCUGGCUACACUUCCAAGAUGGCUGGCACCGAGGACGGUGUGACCGAGCCCCAGGCCACCUUCUCCUCCUGCUUUGCCCAGCCCUUCUUGGCCCUGCACCCCAUGCGCUACGCCAAGAUGCUUGCGGACAAGAUCGAGCAUCACAACGCGAAUGCUUGGCUCCUCAACACCGGUUGGGUUGGUGCUGGUGCUGCCCAGGGCGGCAAGCGCUGCCCUCUCAAGUACACUCGCGCCAUUCUCGACGCCAUCCACUCUGGCGAGCUUGCCAAGGUCGAGUACGAGACCUACGACACCUUCAACCUGCAAGUCCCAAAGACUUGCCCUGGUGUUCCUUCAGAACUGCUCAACCCCAAGGCUGCCUGGACCGCGGGUGGUGAUAGCUUCAACACGGAGGUCAAGAAGCUUGGUGUCCUCUUCAACGAGAACUUCAAGAAGUACGCGAGCGAGGCGACAGAAGAUGUCGUCAAGGCUGGCCCCGUUGUUUAA